GUUUUUAGUAGCAUAGGGUUUUAAUUAAAAAAAAUAAAAAAAUAGCAUUUACGUUUUCCAUAGACGGCGCUAUAUUCUUUAGCUUAUUCAAAGAAUCGGGUCACCAAACCCGACUGCAGUGCUGCUUCUCUUCUUACUACGAUCGCGAAGCUUAUCGCCGAUCCUACUCCGAUCUUCUUCUCCGGCGAUUCUGAACACCAACCACCACGCUCAGAUCAAAUGUCAACUAUGGCUCUCUUGCGUUUUGCACUUCCCAUUGGUAAAACCCAUGCACUUUCAUUUCCAUCACCUCCUCAAUUUCACAACCGUUCUGGUUCUAUAUAUCUCACCAACCCAACCCCCAAUUUGCCUCAAAGAUUGAAACUUUCCUUCGCCGGAGGCGAUGGGGUUGGACGUGGUGGUGGUAGUAGUGGUGGAGGUGGUGGUGGAGGUGGUGAAAAUCGGGGGGAUGAUCAUAAUGAUGGAGAUUCAAAAGAUUCAUCUUUUGGGAUUUUGGGUCUUUUUCUGAAUGGAUGGAGAUCAAGGGUUGCUGCUGAUCCACAAUUUCCUUUUAAAGUUUUGAUGGAAGAGUUGGUUGGUGUUACUGCUUGUGUUUUAGGUGAUAUGGCUUCAAGGCCUAAUUUUGGGUUGAAUGAACUUGACUUUGUUUUUUCAACCCUUGUUGUUGGUGCUAUUCUUAAUUUCACACUCAUGUAUCUAUUGGCACCUACUUUAGGAUCUUCUUCAGCUAGUGUUCCAGCUAUCUUUGCAUCUUGUCCCAAGAGUCAUAUGUUUGAACCUGGUGCAUUUAGUUUAUUGAACAGGUUAGGUACUUUGGUUUAUAAAGGAACCAUUUUUGCUGCUGUUGGAUUUGGUGCUGGUCUUGUUGGAACUGCAGUUUCAAAUGGAUUGAUCACAAUGAGGAAAAAAAUGGAUCCAAACUUUGAGACACCAAACAAGCCUCCACCUACUUUACUCAAUGCUCUAACUUGGGCUGCUCAUAUGGGUUUAAGUAGUAAUCUUAGGUACCAAACUCUAAAUGGUGCUGAGUUUGUGUUGGAGAAAGGGCUUAGUCCUUUGGCAUUCAAGACCUCAGUGUUGGUACUUAGGGUUGUGAACAAUGUUCUUGGAGGUGUGUCUUUUGUGAUGUUGGCAAGGUUGACAGGGUCACAAGGUGUUGGUAGUGAAGAGAAGGUGUCAAAAUUGGAGGUUGGAUUAGAUGAGAAGGUGGAAGAGGCUUUGGAGAAUAGCAACCAGACUAAUCCAUCAAAGUGAUAGCAUCACUUAGUUUUGGUUUUAUUAUCUCUUGCUUUGACUAAGGUUGUUGAUCAGAUAGGCGAGGGCUUUUUAGUUUUAUUUUUAGAAUUUUCUGGCAGCAACAAAUAAGAAGGGUAGAUUUUGAGACAGGGAUAUUCGGUUGAAAUUUCUGGCAGGGUGUUGUAACUUACAAUAAGGUGUCAAAUUUGCUUGGCCAUGUUUUGGAUUUUGGACCCUACUCAAAUGAAAAAUGUUUUGGCUACUAUGUUGCUGUUUUGGCUACUAUUGUUUCUGCUCUCAAUCAGUAGGCUUUUGUUGUCUUUUUCUAGACAAAUUAGUACUUUGUAAAAGUACCAAAAUCUAGUUUGGAGUAUUGGCUAAAUAAAACCAAGUGUAUGAUAUUGAUAUUAAGUUGUGCAACAUCAAUUAUUUGUUUUCAGA